GAGGCCUGGGUGGUUGCAGACAGCCUCCGGGCGGACCACGGCGACGAAGUUGAGGAGAAGAAGGUGCGCACGAAGACGGGAAUGAGGAGCGUAGCCUGGAUCGAAGGCGUUGAAGUCUUCGUAGAGAAGAGGCGCUUGAACUACGAGCGCAACUUGAUGAACGUGAAGGCCUGGGCGCAGCUCUUGGCCCACCUGAGCGGUUUCGCGGCUCUGGAGGCCGGUGGUGCAUUGCAGCACACCGAGUGGUUUCGGGAGACGCCGUUCCGAGCAUUCUUGGCUGUGGUCAUCAACCAGGUCAGCAUCGGGGCCCUCUUCCGCGGUAUGGACAUGUUCCGGCUGGCUACAAUUUAUGAGCCGGAGGAUGAACGAGUGGUGAUGCUGAAUGAGUCCAUCGAAGAGGCGGAGAAUGACAUCAUCGGCCUCUCCAGCUCGUUCCUGACAGUGCAGGUCCUGAGAUUUGCUCUGUCAGGCAAGCUGCCGGAUGUUGCUGGGCAGAUCAAGCCCUACCAUAGCUCCGGCAUGCUGGCAAUUGGAUGGCUUCUGGUCUGCGGCGUCGUGGCGCUGAUCGUGUCACUUUCGCUGACGUGCUUCCCGUGCUCCAAUCGCAUAGUCAACUGGUUGACUCAGAAGCUGCAGAACAUCCUUGGGAUGAUAUUCGCAUGGUGUACACUGUGGGGCUUGCACAUGUUCGUCCGGGAGACCGACUUCUUCCACUCAGUCCUAGGCCUGGGGGGUUGGGGCUCUUUUACUUUGCCUCUCGGAUACUGGCUUGCAUCGCCCUACCCGCGAGGUACCUAG